UGUCACUCUUGCAUUCUUAAUACUAAAAUCUCCCUACUACUCUGCUCUGUCCCUCCGCCCUGUCUGUUUCUCUCUCUGAACCCACCCCCAAACCUUUCUUUCCUUUAGACUCUUCUCCGCUGUUGAGCGAAUGUCGGAACAAUAAUCCCCGCUAUAUUUAAAACCCUCUCCCUAAACCCACAAUUUUAACGCCAAAAAGUUCAAUACUCAAGAUACCCAACACACACACAGAGACCGCCAAUAGAGAGGAAUGGGGGGUUGUGCUAGCAAAUCUAAGGUUUUGAAGGGGGACGCCGGCGAUGCUCCGCUGCCCGAGCCGGCUCCGGCGAAGGAGGACUCCGCCCCAGCCGCCGUGUCCGAGGCCAAGGAGGUUUCUGUUGUUCAAGAAGUAGUAGAAGAGAAGAAGGUGGAGGGAGGUGAGUACAAGGACAAGGAGAUUGUUGAUGAUGAUGACGACAAGGGGGACGAGCAUUCCGGCAAGCGCCGUUCUCUCAGUCUCUUGUUCAAGGAGAAUGAAGAAGGGAAGGUCUUGACAGAAGAUAGCAAGACACCAUCAGAGCCCAUACAGCAAGAAGAGAUGGCAAAGGCUGAAGAAGCUACUGGGGAAGCUGAGACAAAGCUCCCUGAAGCUGAUGAUAAGACGCCAUCAAAGCCACUAGAGGAAGGGCCAACUAAUGCACCGAAAAAAGCUACCAAGGAAUCUGAGACAAAGGUCCUAGAAGCUGUUAAGACACCUUCAAAGCCACUAAAGGAGGAAGAGACAAUGGCACCUGAAAAAGCUACUGAGGAAUCCAAGACAAAGCUCCUAGAAGCUGAAAAUCCUAAAACUCCUGCGGAAGGGGCCCCUGUACUCAUCCCUCUUUCUCCCCCGGUGGUUGUUGAUGCUCCCAAGAAAGUUGAAACAAAGGUUGCAGUGGAACCUGCACCACCUGCAGAAACUCCUGCGGAACGGGCCCCUGUAUCCGUCCCUCUUUCUCCCCCUGAUGCUCCCAAGAAAGUUGAAACAGAGGUUGCGGUGGAACCUGCACCACCUGCAGAAACCCCAAAAGUCGAAACAUCAGCAGAGAUGAAAUCGAAGGAAGAAGGAAAGGAAAAACCUGCUGAGGUGAAAGUGUGACAAAAGUAAGUGGCUUCCAAGGUGGAUCCUUAAAGAGGAAAAAUCCCAUCUUACCUCUUUCUUCUAUCAAGGGAAAAAACUGCUGAAGAGGUGUUUGCUGAAGAAGAGUAGAGAUUGGACAAAUGUGAAUGGGUUGUUGGCAAUUGUAAUGGGAGGACUUGUUUCUAUUGUUUAGUCCAUGUCAAUUCUGUUUUUUAUCUGGGUUUGUUUCAUACAUACAUACAUACAUAUAUAUUCUGAGUUCAUGUGGACAUAUGGGAUUGUUAAUUUUUUUUUUUAUUAAUUCUAUGAUCAUUUAUUAUUUUGUCUUUA